UUUUUGGAUAUGCUUGUAGCCCAAACUCUCCUCUAUUUUACGAAAUUUAAAUCAAAAUUUUAUCUUUAUCUAAAGAAAAGUUAUGGGCAUUUAAAUUCACCUGAAUUUAAUUGUUUUUGUGUUAAAGUCCUCUUUGGUGUAGUCGGAAAUGUUUGGGAAUUUACCACUAAAAGGUCUUGGGUUCGAAUCCGGUUGGCGGGAAAUGAUUUUAAUUGGGUUUAUUUUUAUUCUAAUUUAAGAAAAAAAAAAUAUUUUAAAAAUUUAGAAAAUUAAAAAAAAAAUUUUUUUGGACCACUUUCUUGACCACUGAGAAUUUUUUUCCUCAAUUUCCCUAUUUUUUAAAUUAAAAAAAUUUUUUUUAGGAAUUUUUUUAAAAAAUGGAUUUUAUAUUAGUUGCAAUUCUCGGAAUUAUUUUCUUAAAAUAUAUUUUAUUUUCCUUUCUAUGUGCCCUUUUUCGAAUUUUUUUCCCAUUUUUCUUCCCGUUCCCAAAAAAUUUGCAUAAAUUAGCUGGUGCAAAAUGGGCCCUAAUAACAGGUGGAACUGACGGUAUUGGAAAAGAAUAUGUUAAUCAAUUAGCCAAAAAACAAUUUAAUAUAAUUAUAAUUUCACGUUCACAAUCAAAAUUGGAUAAUGUAGCUAAAGAAUUGAGAGAAAAAUUUAAAGGAAUUGAAGUGAGAACAAUAGCUUUUGAUUUUACUAAUCCAAAUUUGGAUGAUUAUAAUAAAUAUAUUUUGAAUAGAAUUGAUGAUGUGGAUAUUGGAAUAUUGAGUAAGAACACUUUAGAAUUAAAAAAAAUUUUUGAAAAGGUUUUUUAAAAAUUUUCAAAAAUCAAAAAAAAAUUUUUGAGGGAAAAAAUUUUAAUGUUCUCUUUGGUGUAGUUGGAAGUGGUUGGAAAUGUAUGACUAAAAGGUCGCGGGUUCGAAUCCAUUUGUGGGGACAUGAUUUUAAUUUGGCUUAUUUUUAUUCUAAUUUAAGA